CGGGCGGGGGAGCCGGCCGGGUGGGCCUGCUUCCCACCAUGGGCGCCGGGCAGAGGGAAAAGCAGAACCUCUCUUCUCUCUGGCUCUCUUGUGGCCUACAGAUCUGAAAGGGCGUUGAAUGGGUUGGGCUUAGAAGCAGAGUAAGCGCGAGUCUCCAAGGAGGGCCGGGUAGUCACUGUGAUUUUGUGGCCCCCGGGAGGGCUUUGCUCCGAUGGCAGAGGUGUGGCGCUAGUAGAAGUGAGCCCUGGAAGAGGCUUAUUGCUCCCGCGAUAGUGCAGCUAAGACACCGGCGUAGGAAAUUCUUUAAUGUCAUAUCUGUGAAGUCAGUGUGAUGUCACAGCGAACCCAUGCUGUAUCAGCGCUAGGGUACAGGGGCUAAAAUAAUCAGGGGAGGUGACUGAUACCCGGUGUGGGAAGCCGUUUAAGAAAAGACAAGAUUAUUCCAAUAUAGGGAUGUUGUAGCCAGAUUUGGGGGAAGGAGGGGGAAGGAAUCGGGUAUGGCAAGGGUAGUGGUGAUGUCACUGUAAGGUUACUUAAGGGACCUGUUCUCUUUAAGGAGAGUAGGUAGGCCGUGAGGUCAUGAUGAUGUCAUAAGUGGGAGACUUCAGGAUUGGUCAAUCUCCUACUGUGCUUCUCUGAAUGCAGUAAGUGAAGGGGGGGCCAUGGCAGAAGAACGGCCCCCCCGGCUAGUGGAUUACUUUGUGGUGGCAGGGUUGGCAGGGAGUGGAGGAGCAGUCCCUGAGGAAACUGGGGGUCCUGAACCGGGGGGCCCCUUGCGCCCACCCCGUCCAGCGGAUCCCAUCACGGAUGUGGCCAUCAUUGCCCGGGCUCUGGGAGAAGAGGUGCCCCAAGGCUACACUUGUAUUCAAACCUCAGCUAGUGGCCACCCCCUAGAGCUCAGUGCUGGACUUCUGGGUGGCUCCCAGCCUACCAUAUGUUACCGCAGAGGGCGAGACAAGCCUCCCCUUGUUGAAUUGGGGGUGUUAUAUGAGGGGAAGGAACAUCCUAAACCAGGUUUCCAGGUGCUGGAGACAACGCCCUAUAGCCACUCUGCCAACUUGGCUCCUCCAGGCCCUGGGCAUCCCCGCACCUACCUCACUUAUCGACGGGCAGCUGAAGGGGCAGGGCUGCAUGCCCUGGGUAUCACUGAUCUCUGUCUGAUCCUGCCCAGCAAAGGCGAGGGAACCCCACACACAUACUGCCGCCUGCCUCGAAAUCUCAAUCCUGGCAUGUGGGGCCCAGCUGUGUACCUGUGCUACAAGGUGGGCCUGGCAAAAGCUAACACGCUGGUCUAUGAGGCAGAACUGCUAGGCCGGUACCCCGAGCAGGACAAUGAGGCAUUCCCACUGCCGGAGUCUGUGCCUGUCUUCUGCCUGCCUAUGGGAGCCACUAUUGAGUGUUGGCCUGCUCAGACCAAAUACCCGGUGCCCGUCUUCUCCACUUUUGUGCUCACAGGUGCAGCUGGUGACAAGGUAUAUGGGGCAGCCCUGCAGUUCUAUGAGGCAUUCCCACGGGCUCGGCUGUCAGAGCGGCAGGCGAGGGCACUGGGGCUGUUGAGUGCAGUGGAACGGGGCCGGGCACUGGGUGGCCGGGCUGUGCGCAGUCGCCGGGCUGUGGCGGUGCUGUCCCGAUGGCCUGCCUUCUCUGCUUUCCAUGCCUUCCUCACCUUCCUUUAUCGAUACUCUGUCUCUGGCCCCCACCGAUUGCCCUUGGAAGCGCACAUCUCCCACUUCAUGCACAAUGUUCCAUUCCCCUCCCCUCAGAGACCCCGUAUCCUGGUACAGAUGUCCCCCUAUGACAACCUGCUCCUCUGUCAACCUGUUUCAUCUCCCCUGCCUUUGAGCGGUGCCAGCUUUUUGCAGCUGCUACAGAGCCUGGGGCCUGAGCUGGCAGUAACUCUGCUGCUUGCCGUUCUGACUGAGCAUAAACUUCUGGUUCACUCUCUCCGGCCUGACCUGCUCACUAGUGUCUGUGAGGCCCUGGUCUCUAUGAUCUUCCCACUGCACUGGCAGUGCCCCUACAUCCCUCUCUGCCCACUGGUGCUGGCAGAUGUGCUGAGUGCCCCUGUACCCUUCAUCGUGGGCAUCCACUCCAGCUACUUCGACCUGCAUGACCCACCUGCCGAUGUCAUCUGCGUUGACCUUGACACCAACACGCUCUUCCAAACAGAAGAAAAGAAGCUGCUCUUGCCCAGAACCCUCCCCCGCCGGCCAUACAAAGUGCUGCUGAACACACUGACCACCCUCCACCAGCAGCUGGACCAGACAUACACGCGGCCUGAAGAGGAGGCAUCUUUGGAGUUUCUGCUGACUGACUAUGAGGCAGUGUGUGGGAGACGGGCACGGCUGGAGCGGGAAGUCCAAGGGGCCUUCCUUCGCUUUAUGGCCUGCCUGCUUAAGGGCUACCGAGCCUUCCUCCGACCACUCACCCAGGCACCCUCUGAGAGUGCUCGUGAUGUGGAAAACCUCUUCUUUCUGCAGGGCUUCCUAAAGUCUCGAGAACGCUCCAGUCAUAAAUUCUAUGCCCAGCUGCUACACACUCAGAUGUUUUCACAGUUUAUUGAGGAAUGCUCCUUUGGCUCUUCCCGACACGCUGCCCUGGAGUUCUUUGACUCAUGUGUUGACAAGGUUCACCCAGAACAGGAAAAGCCAGAACCCGUGCCCUUGGUAGAGCUGGAAGAGCCAUCAGGGAGUGAGCUCACGGUCUUUAUCACUCCUCCUGAGGAGCCCAUAGUGGCAGAAGGCAGUGAGUCUACUCCUCUGUACUGUUACGAUGGGUUCCCUGAGCUUCGAGCCGAACUGUUUGAGUCCCCCCAGGAACAGCCUGGACUCUCUCCUGCACCGGGCCCCUCUCGAAGUGCACCCAGUAGUCCUGCUCCCCGUCGCACCAAACAGGAGAUGAAGGUCGCCCAGCGGGUGGCCCAGAAGUCAGCAGCAGUGCCCGAGCUCUGGGCACGGUGCCUGCUGGGACACUGUUAUGGACUGUGGUUCCUGUGUUUACCUGCCUACGUUCAGUCGUCGUCUUCUCGAGUCCGGGCUCUACACACUGCCUAUCAGGUGCUUCGACAAAUGGAGAGCCGAAAGGUGGUGCUGCCUGAUGAGGUGUGUUACCGUGUGUUAAUGCAGCUUUGUUCACACUACGGAGAGCCUGUGCUGUCUGUACGUGUCAUGCUGGACAUGAGGAGGGCAGGCAUUGUGCCCAACACUAUCACCUAUGGUUACUACAACAAGGCUGUACUAGAAAGCAAGUGGCCCUCCGGCACCACAGGGGGCCGCCUCCGUUGGGCCAAGCUCCGGAAUGUGGUCCUGGGAGCCGCCCAGUUCCGUCAGCCUCUUCGGGAGCGGAGGCAGCAGGAACAGGCAUUGAGGGGGGCAAGAAGUUCCCAGCCAGAGCCCCGCCUGGAGAGGCCCUCCCCGACCCGUCCCCUUCAUCGCCAGACCACCUGGGCAGGGCGAAGCCUUCGGGACCCAGCCUCUCCCACUGGGCGGCUAGUGAAGAGUGGUAGUCUGGGUAGUGCCCGAGGGGCACAGCCCACUGUGGAGGCUGGUGUGGCACACAUGAUAGAGGCCCUGGGUGUCUUAGAACCCCAGGGGUCCCCUUUGUCCUGGCACGAUGGCAGCCUCUCUGAUGUAAGCCUGGCAAGUGAAGAUCCAGCGCCCGGAGGCAGCCCUGGGGGAACAGGCAUGACUCUGAGUGCCCAUUCAGCUGAGGCCCUAGAUGGGCUGGGUGGGCAGGCACCCAAGGCUGGCAAGCGGCAGGAUGCAGUGGGUACUCCCCGAAGGGGAAUAGGUGCCCGUUUGCAGCAGCUGCUCACCCCCUCCCGCCGCAGCCCUGCUUCCCGUGCCCCUCCACCUGAGCUGCCCUCAGACUUGUCCCUCCCAGCCCGCCGGAGUCCUAUGGACAGCCUCCUGCGACCCCGGGAACGUCCAGGAUCCACUGCCUCUGAGAGCUCCACAUCUCUGGGCAGUGAGUGGGAUCUCUCUGAAAAUUCCCUCAGCAGCCUCAGCAUUCAGCGUUCCUCGGAGCGCCUCAGUGACACCCCUGGUCUCUCCCAGCCUCCCCCUGUCGAGAUUCUUCUGUCCAGCUGUUCCCUGUGUAGAGCCUGUGACUCCCUAGUGUAUGAUGAGGAGAUUAUGGCAGGCUGGGCACCUGAUGACUCCAACCUCAACACCACCUGUCCCUUCUGCUCUCGACCUUUCGUGCCCUUGCUUAGCGUCCAGACCCUUGACUCCAGGCCCCGAGACCUUCACAACCCACCCACCUCUGUGGGUGCCGGUAACAAGGACGCUCCCCUGCCUGGGGGCCCUGGCCCGGUCCUUAGUGACCGGCGGCUCUGUCUCGCCCUAGAUGAUUCUUCUGUUUGUAACGGAGACGCUGAGAGCGUCCCACGGAGGGUAGAAGGCGGGGCGUGGGCGUACCUGAGCCCUCUGGUGCUGCGCAAGGAGCUGGAAUCCCUGGUGGAGAACGAGGGCAGCGAGGUGCUAGCGCUGCCGGAGCUCCCCGCCGCCCACCCCAUCCUCUUCUGGAACCUGCUUUGGUACUUCCAGCGGCUCCGGCUGCCCAGCACCCUGCCCGGCCUCAUCCUGGCCGCAGGGGAUGGGGCCCCCUCGGCCCAGGCCCCAUCUCUGCCCUCAGAACCGGCUGCGGUGCAGGUGAGGCUGCUGUGGGACGUGCUGACCCCCGAGCCCGACAGCUGCCCUCCCCUCUAUGUCCUUUGGAAGGCUCACAGCCAGAUCCCCCACAGGGUGGCGUGGCCAGGCACAGCCCCUGCCCCUUUGAGCAGCCUGACUCUGCUGGAGGCCGUGCUUCUCCACGUGGGAUUCAAUGAAGUGCACAAGGCGGUGGCCCUUCUCCUGGACAUGCUGGGCCCCCCGCCCGGGGGCCUGCAUCUGCAGCGAAGCAUCUAUCGGGAGAUCCUGUUCUUGACUAUGGCUGCCCUGGGCAAGGACCAUGUGGAUAUAGCGGCCUUUGACAAGAAAUACAAGGCGGCCUUCAAUAAGCUGGCAAGCAGCUUGGGCAAGGAGGAGCUGCGGCGGCGGCGGGCACAGAUGCCCAGCCCGAAGGCCAUUGAUUGUCGCAAGUGUUUUGGGGCACCUUUGGAAUGCUAGGGCCCCUGGGCUUCUCACCCCAGCUGAGGGGACAGAAGAACUUCUGGGUAACGUCUUCCUCUGCUCCCCAAGUUUGAGGAGUAUGUAGGCAGAAUGCCCAGUCUGUGGGCAUCGACUAGGGCAGGAGAGGUCACUGAUACCAAAAGUCACGCCCCCCCCCUGUUUCUGACCCGCUUUUCUUGUGCUGAUGGGGGAGGAGAGUUGGCACAGCUCUACCUCUCCUGCCCUCCGCAGACCCAGGCGCCUCCCUCAGAGGCACUUCCAGAUCCAUGCCCACAUGUCAUCUUAGAAGUUUUUGUUUUAAAAAACAACUGGAAAGAUAAAGAACUGCUGAGCCUCUGCCUUGGUCCUGGAGGGGUUGUUAAAUGCCUCCCGGGUCAGAAAUGCUCCCCUUCCCACUUGGGCCCAGCCCUGCCUUCCACCUCAACAUCGAUGUUUCAUUUUGUUAUUUAUUCUGGAGCCACAACAGCUGCCUCGAUUUUGGAUUGGUGAGGUGGGGGAAGGGAGCUCCUGGCCCCUGUGGUUGCACCCCCUCCCCCUCAAGAGAAUGAGAACUCAGGGCGCAGAAGCUCGGGUCCCUGCGCUCCCCCACCCCCUGGAAAUGGGGUGUCCUUCCUCCUCUGCCCCUUCUCCCUCCUUCCCAGGGCUUCGGCACCUGCCCCGAGCCCUAAUCUGUGCAAUAACGAUGGUUCUUGAGGUUUUGUUGGAUGUAAAUACAGUAAAAGCUGCUUCUCUUUUCUUUUCUGGCUUCUCCUUCCUGUGUCCAGGGUGGGGAGGGGACUUCUUUCUCCCCAGGUCCAUCCACCUGCCCGUAUUCUCCAUGGGAUCUCUGUCCCUGUCUUUUGGUCAGAAUGGCCUUUUCCUCUUAUGGCAUUCCCUGGUAGAGGGAACCUUUCCCUUCUUGAGAGCAGGGAGGGGAGUAAAUCUGACAUUGCCCAUGGCGGUGCCAGUCUGUGUGGCACUUCCAUCCUUCCCACACAAUCGCCCCCUUGUCACCUCCCCUCCCACUUGGGGCCCUACACAAAGGGACCAUUCUCUGGGGCCUUUGAGCUCGUCCCUAUCCUCUUCCCCCCAAUUCUUACAUUAUGUCCUCCCCCCACUCCUCUAGGACCUUCCCAGGGAUAAUCCUUUUUCUGCUGGUAUUCCCUUUUGUACUUCACCUCCUUUCCCUUUAGGCAUCCACCAUCAAAGCAAUCAGUUGGAUACACUGCACUGGAAAGGAGUGAGCCAGGGAGCACACAAGAAUUCUGCAGUUAGGCUUUAGAAAAAGCUGAAGAUGAGACACAUCUCUGUCAUUUUCUGAAUCCCUUAGGCUCAUGUAGGAGCCCUGCUCCAUCAGCAACCAGCGGCUAUCAGAGCCACAAAACCAAUUACUAAAGUGAGUUAGCCAACAAAACAAAACAAAGUCUUGAGAAAAGUGCGGGGGGUGUGGGGGUAAUGGACAGAAGUGUUAGGAUACAGCCACUCAUGGUAGCCUCCAGACUGGAGAGAGGAAGCAGGAGACCAAUGGGGAAAGCACCCAUAUAUUGUGAUCUUUUCCAAAGUGUACUCUCUCAGGCCCAAGGAGGCUGUUUCCUCGAAUUAGCUUCUGUCAAAGACAGAGAAACUUCACCUCUGAGGGAAGUCCUCACUAUUUAAAAACCCAAACCAAAUCUCCUUUAAAAUUGUAUAUUUUAGCAACAAACAUCUCAAGGUUCAAAGAACUGGAGAAUACUGAACUCUACAAUUCUAAAGAAAAAUGUUACAGUGAUAACAAAAUUGCUAUAUCCCCUUCUGUACUUGUUUUCUAGACAUUUUAAACAAUGUUUUCUCGAUGCCUUUUCCUUUGUUAGUCACUAGUCAUUAACUGGCCUCUUGGAACAAGUCCUCCCUUCUCCUACCCUCUACCUUUUCCCCAAAACUCCUCCAACCAGCCUCCCACAUCCUGAUCCUUUCUUCUUAGGACUUUUAGCUCCUCUUCCCACAGUAUUCCCACAGAGAGCUGGGUGGCACAGUGGUUUAAGUGCUAGGAUUGAAUUUAGGAAGA